UCUUUCUCCUUGUUUAUUCAUAGGAACCUUCCCAUCGCUAUAGCCGUCUCCAUGCCAAUAGUGACCAUCAUCUACCUGCUGACCAACAUCGCCUACUACGUAGUUCUGGACAUGCCAUCUUUCAUGGGUAGUGAUGCAGUGGCUGUAACAUUUGGGAAUCAGGUGCUAGGUCCCGUUAGCUGGAUCGUUCCCAUUGCUGUGGCCAUGUCUUGCUAUGGAGGACUCAAUGCCUCCAUCAUUGCCGCCUCCAGAUUGUUUUUUGUGGGGGCGAGAGAAGGCCACCUUCCCAUCAGCUUAAGUCUGAUCCACGCUGAGCGCUACACUCCCGUACCUGCACUCCUCUUUAAUGGCGUGAUGGGUCUGAUCUUCCUGUGUGUGGAGGAUGUGUUUCAACUCAUCAACUACUUCAGCUUCAGUUACUGGCUGUAUGUGGGUCUGUCCGUGGCCGGACUCAUUUACCUGCGCUUCACUCAGCCUGACAGACACAGACCGGUCAAGCUCUCAUUGUUCUUUCCCUUCGUCUACUGCCUGUGCAGUGUGUUCCUCGUGAUUGUGCCCCUGUACAGCGACACCAUUAACUCCCUCAUAGGAGUUUCCAUCGCACUGUCUGGAGUGCCUGUUUAUUACCUGUGUAUCUACUUGCCCACAGAGAAAAGGCCAAAAUGGAUCAGUAAACUCAAUGAUUCGUUCACCAAGUAUGCUCAGAUCAUGUGCUACUGCUGCUUAACCGACUUGGAUAUGGAGCCAGAGAAGUUGGCAGAACCGAAGACUCAAUAACUGUAUCUCAAGAGGAUGUGCCUGGAGCAUGGAUUCAUUCUCUGCAUCACAGGGAGAAAAAAACGAUUUGUCAAAAGCAAAUACUUCAUGGAUUUAUAAAACUUCUAGUACUCAUAGAGAUCAAAUUCCAUCGAUAUCUCAGAGAUAUCUCUUUUGCUCGGUGUAACUGAAAAGCACAAUACUGUGUGAUUUAUUCUAUUUCAGUGUUUCUUCAAGGAUCACUAAUAACUGCGAAUCAAAAUGAAUUAUGUCUGCCAUUCUGUCAAGGUCUGAGUGAAGCUCCUCGCUGACUGAAGAGGAUUGUGCCUGAUACUGGGAGACAUUGGAACUGCUUUUGAUUUGAGUCUUGAACAGAAAAAUAGGAGAAAGAGCUUGAAUAUGCAGACAAACUGGACAAAUGGAUAGUUAACUUACCUAAACUUUUGAGACGACAGACUGGUGGGACUUUCUUUAAAUAAAAACGCACAUUACUUUGCGUACAAAACGGAAGAAUUUUCAAAUGAUUUUCUCCAUUUGAUUUCAGUGCGCUUUUGAUAACUACACUGUCUGUAUUUGAUGUCCCUUGGAAGUAUCACUUAGACAAGACUGAACAUGUCCUGAGGUUGAGGUUUCGCGUAAUUUAUGAGCUCACGAUCAGCUUUCAUCUGCUUUUCUGCAUUACAGGUUUCAUUUGAAACCUGAAAUGUUGUAAUGUCAGGAUGAUUUUGAAAACGUUGUGCUCGACACACCAUGACUUUGUGAAUUUUCCAGAUGGCUAAAGCUAAAAAUAGAGAAAACCAUGGCAGCACGGGAGCUCCAGUGUCAGAUGUCAGGGUGGUGAUUGUGAGAGAUGAGUUUAGCCUCUGACGCACACAAUACAGAAUAUGAGACAAUCCAAACCUUUUAAUAAAUUGUCUCACUUCCAUCUGUCUCACACUUCUGUCAGUGCAAGUUCGACUUUCAUCCAUUUAGAUUAUCCACGCUUUUCAAUGCCUUUAGAAUUUCACCUCAAGAUAAUUUCAAACAGUUUUGUCAUUUUAAUCACAGAUGUGAUAAUGUGGAAAAAUCCCCCUCACAGUGACUGUUUUAUACUGCUGAAUUCAGAAUUUGCACUGAUUAGCCAACACAACACAUUUUGUCGUUGACUUGUCUUAUGCCUAGGCUUUGCCAAUCCCAUAAAAUCAUUACAAAUCUAAUAAACUUGGGUACGGUAUUUAUGAAGGC